GACUCCCUCUACAACUUCAGGUGGCUGUCUUUGCCACCUAAUUGCCAAUGUCCCACAUUGCCCAGCCCCCUCUCUAGAAAGUCGCCUGUCCCCUGAGACAGAGUUAACGCUAGUCGGGUCCCUGACAGAGAUGAGGGUGACUUCGCUUCUAAGUAGCCUAGCGCUUCCCCGCCCCCACCCCUUUCCUGGAAGCCCGAAGUUGCGGCGUCACUUGCAGGUGUCAGCUGCCCCGCCCCUCCUCCCUCCGCCUUAAAGGGGUCGCGUCUCCCGAGGCCUCACAGGGACGUAGAUAGCACCUCGGCGGGACUCGUGAGGGCUCCGUGACCGCGGUGCGGGAGGUGGGCGUCCGGAUUCUAAUUCUGCCCUUCUGGCGUGGUGUGGCUCUUGGCCUCUGUUUUCUCGGCCUGAGAAGUGGGGACGCCCGGAUUCCUCACUCUAAAGCAGGCGCUCAGGGGGCAUUUUCCAGGCCGGGAAGGGGGCGGGGCCGCAGCCCAGAGGAGACGCUUCACCCACCGGUUUCUCGGACCCCGCCCGCCCCACCCCCACCCCCACCCCCACGAUGACCGCGCACAUCCUCCUGCUGUCGCUCCUCGCCUCCUCCACCCUGGGGGACCCGGACUCCGCGGGCAGGCGGUCCCGGCACCAGGUGUCCCAGCAGCGCGGGCACCUCUGUUCACUGGGCACGUGCCAGACGCACCGCCUGCCAGAGAUCAUAUACUGGCUCCGCUCUGCCUCCAUCAAGGAGCUCUCGGGGAAGGCGGGCCGCAAGCCUCAGGAUCCCCAUAGCUAUGGGCGCCGCCGGCGGCGCGCGGCCAGACUCCUGCCGCGUCUCCAGGACCCCAGCCUGCGGCAAGGAGGCCAGCGCAGUGCCCAGCUCUCUGGGUGAUGUUGGGCACAUCUCUGCUCGUCCCCUGGCUUCAGUCUACCCAUCUGCGUAUCGGGGCCGUGACCCCAAGUUUCUUUUCCCCUAACUCCACCUCCUGGACUCUCCCCAGGCUGCGACUGGGCUGGAUCACGUGCACACCGGACCCAGCAAGGACAAAGAAUAUUAACGUCCAGAGCUGAAUAAAACGAGAGUCCCAUGUUUCAGUCUCUGCUUGUCUGUGCCCAUUCUGGCCUCCCAAUCUGAGCCCGGUCCCUGAGCCCCUCCCCUUUACCCACGCACUUUUCCCCUCACGGAAGUCCCUCUGACUAACUUGAAUCCAAUCUGCUGUAGCACCUCCACGCCAACUUAAUCCCUGCAGCUGCAUCUUCCGUGGGUGGUUUUGGUGGG